GUUUCAUGACGGUUCAGCUAACUCGUCAUUACACUUUCAUUCGUGUAUUAUUGUGAAUUGUAGAGUACUUUCAGUUGGAAUAACUAAACAAUACUCAAAUAGUUCGUGUAAAAACACAGUGUAACUAAAGAACUUACCGUAAGAUGUCUCAUCAAACGGGUAUUCAAGCUAAUGAAGACUUGAAAAAGUAUUUCAACAAAUGUAGGGAUGGAAAAAUACGGGUCAUGAAAAUCAGUAUAGAAAAUGAGCAGUUGACCCUCGCCAAGAAAGAGAAUGUAAAAGGGACUUGGGAACAGGACUUCGACAAAUAUCUACCUUCUCUGAUUGUGGAAGAUAUGCCCUGCUACAUGCUAUAUAGGUUUGACUCUACAAACUCUCUGGGCCACGAGUGGCUGCUGCUCAGCUGGUCUCCAGACUCGGCGGCGGUGCGGCACAAAAUGCUGUACGCUUCUACCAAGGCCACACUUAAACAGGAGUUCGGCUCUGCACACAUCAAGGACGAGAUGCACGCAACUGCUAAGGACGAAGUAUCACUGAAAGGGUAUAAGGCACACUUGACAGGCAUCAGCGCACCGGCGCCGCUGACAGAAAGAGAGGAGGCAUUGAAAGAGCUGCAGCAGACUGACCAUAGCACCAACUACAGUACUGACUCUAGGCAAUCAACUAUGGGCGGCGUUUCGUUUCCCAUCACGGAAGCUGCCGAGCAAGCUAUAGUGGAUCUACAGAGGGGUUCCUACAACUACAUACAAUUUAAAAUCGACCUAGAAGAAGAGAAGAUCCACCUAUCGAAAGCGGCCAACAUCCCCCUAGUGAGCCUGCCCGAGCAAGUGCCGAGCGACCAGGCGAGGUACCACCUCUACGUGUUCAAACACAGUCACGAGGGCGACCACGUGGAUAGCAUAGUGUUCAUCUAUUCAAUGCCCGGAUACAGUUGUUCUAUCAAAGAGAGGAUGUUGUAUUCAAGCUGUAAAGGACAGUUCCUAGAUAUCAUAGAGAAAAUUGGAGUGGCGGUAGAAAAACGAAUCGAAAUCGACGACGGCAAAGAGUUGACAGAAGAGUUCCUGUACGACGAGAUCCACCCCAAGCGGAACCUGCACCGGCCCGCGUUCGCCAAGCCCAAGGGCCCGCCCAACCGCGGCGCCAAGCGCAUCACCAAGUCGCAGCCCGCGCAGUGAGUGAGCCGAGCAGGUGCAGGGGCCCUAGGCGCGCGGCCUCUUAAAGAUACAAGGGGCCCCUAAAUUUUGCACAUUCAAUGUCAAUAUCCAGACUGUCGCUUAUAUGAUUUCGUUUCUAGCCGGACGACUGCGACUUGAUAUUUGGGACCUUGAUACGGUCAGCAUCAAAAGUUGCGAAUUAUAAUGCUUCAGAAGUAACUAGCCUAACUAUACCGUUCUGUAAGCCCUACACGAAAAGAGAAUAAUUAAUCUUUAACAUCUAUGACCGCAAACUGUACACAUAUAUCUAUAUUUAAAAAAGUUACGCGUUAUUCAUCUAUGCUGCUAAGGCCCUAUUAUAUCUGUAGGUUUCAAUUCAAAUUAUAUUAAAUUGAAACAGAGUUACAUUCAUUUUGUGUAUCGUUUUCAAACGAAAUAAAAUAAAUUCCAGCGCCGUAGUAGAAUGUUUGGUCAAACAUAACUAACAGCCACGGCUGCAGACCCAAUAUUAAGGGCUUUUUUUGUCGAGCAAAGUACUCCACUCUCAGAAUCCUGUAUCCAUCCAGUUUCGUGGCACUGAUGGCUAGUUUGGCCGAGUGGCAAUGAAUGUGUGUUAAUAGGGCCCCUUCGUCAUCUUAAAACGGGUUGCCUUGGCCCCCAAAUCUGCAAAAUCCGGCCCUGAGCUUAACUAUUACAGGUGUAGUGCGGAAAGCUUUUUUGCAACUACUUUUCGCACUACAUCAGGGGUGUUACCAUGACGUGCUAAAGCCGUUCAGUUUAGGUUGAGAGAGA